AUGAUUUCUUCUCUCGCCUUCUCACCGACUCUUCCCGCCCCAAGCUUCUCCGGCAACGCCCUCGCCUCGCCAUCGUGUCGCGUCAGAUCCCGCCCUAUAGUCGCCUUCGCCACUGCCACCGCCACUGCGACCGAGGAAGCUCGCUCCUCCUGGAUGGAGAAACCACGCCCUUCGUAUCUCAACUCCUCGUGCUCUUCCCUCUACGAUAUACUCGGCAUCCCCGCCGGCGCCUCCAACCAGGAAAUCAAGGCGGCGUACCGGCGAUUGGCCAGAGUCUGCCACCCGGAUGUCGCGGCAAUCGACCAGAAAAACUCCUCCGCGGACGAAUUCAUGAAGAUCCACGCCGCGUACUCCACUCUCUCGGAUCCUGACAAGCGCGCUAACUACGACCGGAGCCUUUUCCGGCGACAACGGCCGCUCUCGACGGCGCCGGUGUUCUCCGGCUACACGCGUCGGAACUGGGAAACGGAUCAGUGCUGGUAA